AUGUUCAGCCAAGUAGAGAAACUUGGACCAAUCAAUGACGAGAAUGCAAAACAAAGUCUAUUUAAUUGUUUAAGGAUAGUGAACGGGUACAAAAUGCGGUGGUUCUUACUGGCGCUAGUUUGCGUCCUGGCGGUCUACGCCGAGGACAAGAAGGAGAAAGACAAGGAUAUUGGUACCGUCAUCGGUAUUGAUUUGGGUACCACUUACUCAUGUGUUGGUGUCUACAAAAAUGGAAGGGUGGAAAUCAUUGCCAAUGACCAGGGUAACCGUAUCACACCAUCUUAUGUGGCAUUCACAGCUGACGGUGAACGUCUCAUUGGAGAUGCUGCCAAGAAUCAGCUUACAACAAACCCUGAAAACACGGUGUUUGACGCCAAACGUCUCAUCGGUCGUGAAUGGACAGAUACCACAGUUCAACAUGAUGUCAAAUUCUUCCCCUUCAAGGUGCUAGAAAAGAACAGCAAACCCCAUGUAUCUGUCAAAACAGCGCAAGGUGACAAGAUCUUUGCCCCUGAAGAAAUUUCUGCUAUGGUCCUCACUAAAAUGAAGGAAACUGCCGAAGCUUACCUCGGUAAGAAGGUAACUCACGCUGUUGUAACUGUGCCAGCCUACUUCAAUGACGCCCAACGUCAAGCUACCAAAGACGCCGGUGUUAUUGCUGGUCUUAACGUCAUGAGAAUCAUCAACGAACCAACCGCUGCCGCUAUUGCUUACGGUCUUGAUAAAAAGGAAGGAGAGAAGAAUGUUCUAGUAUUUGACUUGGGUGGUGGUACCUUUGACGUGUCACUCUUGACCAUCGACAACGGCGUGUUCGAAGUAGUCGCCACAAAUGGUGACACCCACUUGGGAGGUGAAGACUUUGACCAGCGAGUCAUGGAGCAUUUCAUCAAACUGUACAAGAAAAAGAAGGGUAAGGACAUCAGAAAAGACAACCGUGCCGUACAGAAGCUCCGUCGUGAAGUAGAGAAGGCAAAGAGAGUUCUAUCAUCUGGCCACCAGGUUAAGAUUGAUAUCGAGUCCUUCUUUGAAGGUGAAGACUUCUCGGAAACCCUCACCAGGGCUAAGUUUGAAGAAUUGAACAUGGAUCUUUUUAGAUCCACUUUGAAACCUGUGCAAAAGGUAUUGGAAGACGCGGACAUGAACAAGAAGGACGUCGACGAAAUCGUACUUGUAGGAGGUUCUACUCGUAUUCCCAAAGUACAACAGCUUGUUAAAGAGUUCUUCAACGGCAAAGAACCAUCUCGAGGUAUCAACCCUGAUGAAGCCGUUGCUUACGGUGCCGCCGUUCAGGCUGGUGUCCUCAGCGGUGAACAAGACACCGACGCUAUUGUACUUUUGGACGUCAACCCUCUGACCAUGGGUAUCGAAACCGUAGGUGGCGUCAUGACCAAACUCAUUCCACGCAACACAGUCAUCCCCACCAAGAAAUCUCAAAUAUUCUCAACCGCUAGCGAUAACCAGCACACAGUAACCAUCCAGGUCUAUGAAGGUGAACGUCCCAUGACCAAAGACAACCAUUUACUCGGAAAGUUCGAUCUUACUGGCAUCCCACCCGCACCAAGAGGUAUCCCUCAAAUUGAAGUCACAUUCGAAAUCGACGCUAACGGUAUCCUUCAGGUAUCAGCCGAAGACAAGGGCACAGGUAAUAGGGAAAAGAUCGUCAUCACAAACGACCAGAACAGAUUAACACCUGAAGACAUCGAGAGGAUGAUCAAGGAUGCUGAGAAAUUCGCAGAUGAUGACAAGAAGCUAAAGGAGAGAGUUGAAGCUAGGAACGAGCUCGAGAGUUACGCAUACUCAAUUAAGAACCAGCUUCAAGAUAAGGAGAAACUAGGUGCCAAGGUUAGCGACGAAGAAAAGACUAAGAUGGAAGAAGCUAUCGAUGCAGCUAUCAAAUGGCUAGAAGACAACCAAGACGUUGAAGCUGAAGAAUACAAGAAACAGAAGAAGACAGUCGAAGACGUAGUCCAACCGAUCAUCGCUAAGCUAUACCAAGGCCAGGGUGGUGUACCGCCUCAGGGCGCCGGCGAAGAUGAUGAAUUCAAAGACGAGUUGUAA